AAAGAUAGAGAAUGAGAGAGGGGCCCAAAUGGAAUACGUCUACAGUAGUUGGUAUAACAGUCCUACUUUCCCCGGCGAAUUAUAACAGCGCAGCACGCUUUUAUGCACUUGGUAAAACUUUGCUAUUUUAGUGUUUCGUCGACCAGUCAAGGUCGUGGGAAAGGCAGGACUUGACACUUAAGUUCCAAAGGACUCGGUCUAGACAUAUAUGAAAUAGUUUGCAAUGUUAACUGUACAGAGGACCUGCUAUUUCGAAGUAUGUUGGUGAUUCGUGCUUUCGAAUGAGAUACAUUAUUAUUAACGUUGAACUGAAGGAGGGGUGAUUGGCGCAUAUGCAGUGAUACAACACGUUAGCACCAUGUCGUUCCUGAAGAAGUUUAAUAAACAGAAGAGCGUGGACCUAGAGGAGGAGUUGAGGAAAAAGGAAGAGAAGGAGAAGGCGAAGGAAAUGAAGAGGGCGAAACGCCACAGCGUUCAUGUCAGUGGUAAGAGGAGCACGCCGGAUGUCGCGGCCGACGUCCAACCCAAAGAUGAUUCGAUCGUCGAGGAUCGAGGGUUGCAGAAGAAAAAAGAAGCAGAAAGGAAGGAGCGGGAGAGAAGAAAAUUCAAAGACAUGUCCGGCAUGGUGAUGACAAGUCCAAAUGAGUACCCUGUCUUUAUCGUUCACUAUCUAGGAAGGAUGCCAGCCGAUGCCGAGUACGGGCGAGAGGCGGUAGAGGAUCCUGUUCACCAACUAUGCAAGCUACGCGAGAAACAGAAACUGCAAAAGACACUCCUAGCAUUUAAUGUUGACGGGAUGAUGUGCCGUGAAGUGUCUGGUCCUUUUUAUAAACCUAAGAAGGAAGGGUUAACCUUCUUCAUCCCUCUACAUCAUAUCACCUAUGGGGUAGCAUCUUUGACGCAUCCCCAAGUCUUUGCCAUCAUCAGCAAGAUGACGGAUGACCCUUCACCGGCCAACCAGGUUCUCGUACUUCAUGCUUUCCUGUGCGACAAGACGGAGGACGCUCAGGGGUUGACAUACUGGCAACUUCAGGCUUAUAUCGAAGCCUUUGAAGAUCUAAAGAGGAAAAAGAUGCUGAAACAGAGAAGAAAACAAGCAAUGCACGGCCCACCUAUACCUCCAGGGCCAUCAGGGACCAGUGGUGAUGCUCCUUCCCCUGCAAGCAUUAGGCCUAGUCCUGAUAUUGGCAACAGUGGUGGUAGUAGUGACAGCUCUACCAACAAUAGCAAACACAAAAAUCCUCCCACUUCACCUAGCCCUGCAUCUCCCCAAAUCCCUGCAUCUCCCAAAAUCCCUGCAUCUCCCAAAGGCCCUGCAGUUAAACCGAAACGAACGAACUCUGCCGCAUCAAUCACGUCAUCCUCCUCAUCGGCGUCAUCAUCUUCCAGGGUGACCCCAACAGCAGAGCGGAAGAUACCAGACAAGGUUGAAGUACAAGAUGUUGUUCAGAUGUCUAAAAAGCAAAACCCUGGUAAGAUGAAGACUGAUGUGUGGCCACCAGCACCAAAACGGGGUCCCCCUCCUCAGCUCCGAGGACCACCACCGGCGUUGACACAACCCGAUGUUGGUGGACCUCCUGCAGCUGGUCAGAAUGGUAGGACCAACUCUAGGGAUUCAGCCUACGGUGAAGGGGAAGACGAGUUCGCCAUCUCAUUCUCACCGACGUCAGCAACGGCACCGAAGUCGUCUCCGGUGACGCCGGGACCGGUGUUCCCUGGUAUUGCUCCUCGAAGGACGAGCGAGUCCGAUACGAACAGGACUGCAUCUUUUGAGAGCAGGAUAAGUGAACUUCAGAAUCUGGUGGAGAUGGAUGCUCAGAAACUCAAAGACCUCAUGAUCAAUGAAUACCCUACGUUAUCACGUAAAAUCUACUACAAGAUGUCUAUUGAUCAGAAUGGAGUAGUCACCCGGAAGGAAACUAAGGAGGAUGAUCAAGGGUCGACAUCAAAGGUGGCCUCGGUCGACGACGUCGACCAUACGGAUGUGUAACGAUCGCACGAUCUCGAUUUGAAUAUUUCUUGCCAACGACCAUUAACAUGAUUAAGAAGACGGAGUGGUUAUCAAAGCCGUCGAUAUUGCUUUACGAUCUUCGUCGUCAUGAUCAUAACAGAUCUAGGUCUAUAUUCCUAUGUGUCAGGUUUUUUAUCGAUGUCAUUUUUUUUAAUUUCUGAGCUUUUGCACCAUUACAUUAGAUCAUCAAGUUAACUGGAGCAUUGUCAAUGGAACAUAUUUAAAAGUCUAAUUCAACCGUUGCACUUCAGACUUUUCUCUCCAAAUCAAAUAAUUGUAUCAAUACUGCUAUCUUUAUUGGCUUAUGUGAAACCAUUUUGGAAAUCCUUUUUUUUUAAUAUAUAUCAUUAUCGGUUUUGAUCGCGUGAUAAUUGGUUCACAUGAAAAGGACAGGAAUAGGAAAAAAUCUAUUACUUUUUGUUCCUGUUUAACAACGGAUCAAUGUGUCUUUAUCCAAAACGUUUAAUGAACGGCAUAAAAUCUCACCAUAAUCACGAUAAUCUAAACAUAAUUAGAAAGAUGAAUAUUAAAAAACAAGAAUUUAGAAAUAGAUUCUUGAGUAGUAUAAACCUCUCUCUUCUUUCAAUAAUGUAUCAGGGUUUCUUCAUUCGAUACUUGAAUUUCUUAGGAAAAUAAAAAGUUCCUCUACUGACAAUUAACAAUGCGAUAGAAGGUUAUAUUUUUCUAUGUAAAUUCAAACAUUUCAAUCUUCUUUCACUUUGUAUUUAGAUGAGAUAAUAUUAUGACCUGUUGAAAAUGUUGUUGUAAUGAAACGAGAUUACCGGUAGUGUUAACUUGAAAUGAUCGUUUAUGAUUCAAAAUUAACGAUUUUCACGACUUGGUAUAACUAAUAUACGGCAUUUGUUAUGUUAAUGAUGUUUAUCUAAAUAAAUUAUUUUUACAGUAAUAUUUGUGCGAUGGCAAUUUCAUUUCCUUAUCUGCUCAGGAACUUUAAAGAAGGUCGGACCUUAAGCAUAUAAAAUGGUCUGUCCCUUAGAUCGACAAGCCAAUAUUUAUCCUUUUUAGAACAAGAUAUAAAACAAGACUGGAAAUAACGUUGUCCAAUUCGAAGGGUGAUGAUGAUCUUUAGGUGGUCGCUCUACCGUUUAGUUUGUCGAUUCGAAUCAUGGAUGCAUACGCCGCGUUUGACUGCGGACAUAAUUAGUAAACUUUACGAUUUUCGUACGAUACAGUGGGUUGUAGAUGGGUAUACGAUGUGUGUUCGCAUCGCAUUUUACAUUUGAUUUUUUUCAUCAACCUUUUAGGAGGAUGGCCGUAUAAAACGGCCAGUGCAAUGUCGCACGGGGAUCAUGCGAUUGCCCUGCGAUUUUCUCAGCAUCCAUAUAGGCCAAAAAAAUCGACUGGUAUGCCUAUCAUACAACAAUUGUUCAAUUUACACGCUGAACGGUGAGUUGCCUUGCGACGGGGUCGUAGCUUGCCUACGAUAUAAUCGUACAUUCAGAGCUUAAUUUCGUAAUGGAAAGAUACGAUGUGUUUAUGGGCUCCAUUGGAUCAUUGCUGACAUUGAGAUAAUGUUCAUCACACUCUGUGUAAGUGUGGUACUAUUAAAUGUUAUUAUAUGCGAUGUAUAUUUCCUAUAACUUUUUUUACAUAUAAAAUGUGAUUUGUUGAUGAGAACUUUA